AUGGCUCGGAUGACUGCAGUGGCCAUGCUGCUGCCAGGGCUGCUGGCCGGCAUUGUUAUCGGCACUGCCAUCUCAGUGAAUAGCAUCACGCCGCUCGCAAGGGAUGCCUGGCAUGCCACCAGCACACAGGACGUGAGUCACUAUCAUGGCAAGUUUGACCGCUCUGGCAAGUCCAAUGCCACAGUUACUUGUGCAACUCAUCUGCUCAUGGCUUAUUCUGCCGUCGCCACUCUCAUGGCACUGCUGUGGGGGAUGGGCGUGACCCACACGCGAGUCAGAGCGUGGGUGCAUCGGCAGGGUUUGGCUGUGACGGCUGGGCUGAUGAAGCUGACGAGUGCAAGCAAGUGCCUCGUGCCACGUGGAAGCGUCCCUCUGCAGCACAGCCCCAUUUCGGGGAUGCAGAAAGUGGGUGAGGUUGUUGUGUCUGUCAUAGGAAAUAUCGCUGGAGUGCACAAGUUGAAAGAGGUGAUUAGGAUGAGAAUGAGGGCGCUUGGUGUGCAGCUGGAAGAGACAAGGAGGGAGUUUAGAGGGCAGGUGGAGGAGAGGGAGAGAGAGCUAGGAGCAGCGAAAGAGAAGCUGGAGGAGACUGAGGGACGACAAGUGGUAGAGAUAAGGGAGAUGAGAGAGAAGGUGGAGGAGAGGGAAAGAGAGCUGGCAGAAGUGAAGGGGGAGCUGGCCGAACACAAGGAGGCUAUGAGAGAGCAAUGGGAUGUGGCUGAGAGAAGGAGAGAAUCGAUUUUGAGAGAAUUGAGAGAGGAGGCAAGAAAGGGAGAGGAAGAAAUGAGGGCGGAGUUGGCAAGGGAGAGGGAGGAGAGGAGGUGGGAGGUGCAGGAGGUAGAGAGGAGAAGAGCAGCAGACUUGAUGGAGAUGAGUGGGCAGAUGGAGGAGAGGGAGAGAGAGCUGGCAGCAGUGAAGGGGGAGCUGGCUGAACAGAAGGAUGUUCUUGUGAAGUUGUAUGUUGACCUGCAAUUCAGAGAGAGUGAAGGCGAUCAGAAGACGGCAUGGCAGGUGUGUACUGAUUGA